AUGGCGCUGGUCCUCAUCCUGGGCUGCCUGCUGUCCCCUGUCCUAGUGCCUCGACCCUCCCUGUGGCUGCACCCCAGCCAGGGGCUGUCCCUGGGGGACACUGUCACCCUGUGGUGCCACCUGCCCUGGCUGGCUGCAUGGGUCUGGCUGUACCAGGUUGAAGGUCAGACACACAGCAAAUACAAGGACAACAAUGUGGUCGAGUUCUCCUUUGUUAGCACAAGUCGGGAACAUGCGGGGACAUAUCAGUGUCAGUACCGGGAGCCUGAGUCAAAGGAGAAAUGGGAAAAGAGUGAUCCCGUGGAGCUGGUAGUGACAGAUCACAGCUUCCCACCACCCAGCAUCUCCCUUCACCCUGAGGAACAUGUGGGGACAGGGACCAAUGUCACCAUCCGCUGCUGGAAUAGGGACUAUGAGGCCUCCAUCCUCCUGCCCAAGGAUGGGUGUUCAGCCCCUGUCCAGCACCAGAACCCUGAUGCUGGGGCAGCCACCUUCAUCCACUUUGGGGUGACCACAUCUGACAGUGGCACCUAUAGGUGCUCCUACCACCCCUGGUGUUACCCCUUUGUGUCCUCACCCCUUGGGGACAACAUGACACUGGAGGUGACACCCACACCUGCACCUCCAGGUGGGCCUCAACCCCAUUUGGGUACCACUCGGUGUCCCCCAUGGGUGGCCAUGUCACCUACCCUCCCCUUGGAGGUGGUGGGUGGGGAUGUGAUAACCUGAUCACCCAGACC